UGCGACAAAGUAGUAAAGAGCAAAACAUUGCAAACAUGACAAAAGAGAGCAAAACAAAAUAUAAAUUUAAACGGAAAAGCAGAGCAAAACGGUGAACAAAAUCGAGGAACGAAACGAUAAAUGAAAUACUAGCUCCCUGCUAUCCGCGCGCAACAAAAGGCAAACAUGUAAAGACAAUAAUGAACGAAUAGCGACAGAAUGGAGCGUGGAACAGAGAUGUCCAACAGAUGCUACCAAGAGAGAGCGAAAUGAAAGGCAACGGAAAUAAAAACCCAGAAACCCAGAGCGCCGCUAACGUUCGUGUAGUUUGGCAAAACAAAACAAAGGCUAGCACAAAUAUAUUCAAUUCGAUUCGAAAAACGAAAGCAUACUAGAGAAAGAUAGAAGAGAAACGAGAAAAACGAAGAAGAGAGAAGUAAGGGAAAAUAAAACUCAACUAACGUAAAGUGUAGCUAAAGUUGUAAUUAAACCACGAUCAGUUAAGACGAGUGUAAGCAGGAGUAGAGAACAAAAGAAAACGCCAUCAAAAUACACUAGUGAUAUCGAGCGGGAGGUUUUGAGAAGGUCAGAGAAUAUGCCUUCACGCACGUUGACCAGAAGGAGCCGGAGCAGCUAGGUAAUACGAACGAUAAGAAAGCAAACGCGAACUCUGGCUGCAGAGUCGAACAGUAAAUUGAGCUACUGUAGCUAAGUGUAGUUACUUUUAGACAGUAAGAACGUGUUGACAGGAGGUUUCCAUUGAAUUUCAUUAUCUCCAUGACGACGAGCCCCGUCCUCGUAUGACGAUUUGUGUUUGUAUCGCGUCCGUUCGAUCGUUCGUUCGUUUGUUCGUUCGUUUGUUUUCUUUCUUCCUUUUCUAUGUUAGAGCGUUUACUUGUUACGAAUGUUUUUCACUUUAUUUUUUACAGAAAUAAAUCCGCAAUGUUUUAAUUUUUCCCUUCCCGGGUUUGUUUGGUUUUCUCUUUAGUUGGAUAAGUUUCCUGUUAACUGCUGAUGCAUUUCCACUAAAAUAAAUCUAUUGCUUUACAACCCACAACGUGUACAUAUAACGAGGAUUAAAAUCUCACAACACAGAGACGGAAAAAAACGUUGUAAAUGUCAGUGAACCAAAACGGAAAUAGAGUUUUAACGAAGAAACAUUUCAGCACGCGGCUGUACAGGGCGGAUGGGGGUGGUCCAGUCCUCCACCUGCGGGGGCUACUGAAAACCCCUCACGCCCGAAUGCAGCGGUAGUUCGGUGCCGGUGAUCAAAACAAUGGACACACCAUGCAGACACAGACACACACCGCAUGACCACACGGUCGGCCAUCGGUUAAUGUAAACGUAGGAGCAGAAGAAAUAGAUAUUGCCCGAGAAUACGACGGCAUCAGCAUAGCCCCCAGUCUAGUGUGUAAGAUGAGUGUAGCGAUUGUCUCGUAAACCUAACCACUACUCUAGCAUUAAGGCAGUACGACGACGAUGAUGGAACCUCGGUUUAGGUGAAACACAUGUUUCCACUAGUCUCUUCAUUUCCAUUGCCUUCCCUACUAGUAGUACACACGGGUUGAUCGUGUGGCUGAGUGUCAGUGUGCGCCGCAUCGCAUCGUUAUGUUCGCGUGAUGUUUCGUUUUCUCGUGAAUUUGAAUGGAGCUUAGAGAGCUGUAAGCAGUUGUAGUAUAAUUAGUGCUUGUUGGCAACACUUUUUUGUAUCCCGGCCCAGAGUGUAGAGACGGACCAGCGGCAGAGGGGGCAAAUGAACAACAAAUCGAACAGAACUAAUGCCGUCCUAGCCGAUGCGUUUCACGAACAGCCUUUAACACCGCUUAGUUACGAAGUUUCUCCAUUUAUUAAACAAUGAAUAUUCCUUGCGCUAGUUUCGCAGAAUUGUUUGCUUUCCUGUUUUCUUGUUUGGCGUGCGUUGCGCUUCCGGAGGAUACUUUUUAUAAUUCGAAGAAAGGCUUUGGUGGGAUUAGAAGCGCACCAUAUCCUUCCCCCCCCCCC